AUGUAUAGGGAUAUCAACGGGGCGCCUAUUAAAGCUAUUAAAGAUCGCGUCAGAAGAUGGAAAGAAUUUUUUGAAGCCAAACUUAACCACGAUGCCUCAUCUGUUGUCCCGAAUAUAACUGAUUCGCCCGUCGAGCCUUACGUUUGCAGCUGUGAGCCACCAACAGAAAAUGAAAUAGUCUCUGUAAUCCAUAAGCUUAAGGCCAAUAACACUCCCGGAGAAGAUCGUCUUCGGGCCGAACUUUUCAAAUGUCCAUCAUCGUUCAUAAUUCACCUUCAACAAUUGUUUUUGUUAUAUACUGUCUAG